AUGCCACCCACUCCACGAAUGGACAGGUCCCGGAUUUCGACGCGUCACGGUGUUCUGACUCGGUGUGUGGCGGAUAUCAAUUCGGAAACCCGAUUCAACCCUUCACGCGAUCGAACCAACGAACAGCUGGAAGCGAAAAAGCCACCUGGCCUGCAUCCUCCCACCCAUACUACAGGAGCAAUUCACCAUCUUGGAGAACAAACUUCUGCAGCCGCCAGCCAAUUGGCUCGCGGCGAAGACAUCGCGAAACAGAGUUCGCACAAAAAAAACCGAAUCUUAUCUCCAUCGUUACCUUCUAAAAUCGCUUGGAUCACCAUGAAGUUUACUUUUGCUCUACUCGCUUUACCUUUGGCUUCGGGCUUUGCGCCUUCCACUUUCGGAGUCCAACGUCAAACGGCGAUCUUUUCGGCGCCGGUGGACACAUCUAGUGCUGUCCAGGCCGCCUUGCAGGCUUCCAAACAGUACGGAGCGACGUCGCCCGAAGCUCGUGUUGCUUGGGAUGCUGUGGAAGAAAUGCGAGCCAACGAUGAUAGUCCGGCGACACAAGGAUCUCUUGCGGAUGAAUGUGAUAUUGACGAGGACAAGGUCAGCGCGGCCUGUCUCGAAUACGGUUCCAAAAUUGAAGAACUUAACAAACUCUUAGCCGACCAGGUUCCGCAUCUGAACAACGUCAAGACCUUGGCCGACGAUUUGCAAAAGAUCAAGCUGAUUGUCACGAAGAACCAGCCCGCUCCGGAUUCGCCUCAGGUCCGUGCGGCUCUGGAACACGCCAAAGCCAUGUCGGCCGAACACGGCACGACCAGUCCCGAAGCCAAAGUUGCCUGGGAUUCCUUGGAAGAAAUCGCCUCCAGCGGUUUGUCGAACGCUAUGGGCGCCGGACUCGACCAGGAAUGUUUGGUCGAAUCGGCCAUGGAAGCUUGUCUCGCUCUCGAAGAACUGAAUCGGGUUUUGAAUCUCGAAAAGUCCAAAAAUGAAGGGGCGAAUUCAUAGACCAAGCAUCGGAACACUCUUUGGGCAUAUUUGGACCCGGCAAUUUGGAUGCCGCGAAAAAGUCUGCAGUAGUAGCUAACGAAUAACAGCCACGCUAAUUUGACAUUCCUGCUGUGUGGUUGAUAAAGCGCACUCGCGUUCGGCCU